CCCCCCUCGCUCCGAGAGGGCGUUUGGUUCCUUCCAGCUACCGUGCGACCAAUUAAACGGUGAGGAUCGUGGAGUAGUCGGCAGCGGCUGGGGGAGUUCUGACCGUACUAUAAGGUGGUUUGACUACUUCACAGAAGACUGAUGCCAACCUCUGUUGAGUCUUUUGCCUCUUGUCAUCUGAAGGAGGGGUCAACGUCAGACAGCAGAGACGCACCGUGCAGUCAAGAAGGAAGUUCAGUAUAGGAGAGGAGGCUGUCGCUGGAUUCAUACGGUGAAACUUUCUUUUGCCGAACCAAAAAUUAAGUGGGCGAAUAAUGAGUCUUCUGCUGCUGAGUGACUGAGUGGCUUUCUCCCCCCACCCCCACCCCGAUGGAUCACACUUCCCAGCAGCCCCCACUGAGUCUCACCACUGCCUCUGCCUCCUGCUGAAUGUUGGAGAGCCUAGGAUGGAAUACCAAGCAAGUGAUGCUCUGAGGCAAUCAAACAACACUGUCGACCUCCAUUACCUUACCCCCCCUGAACGCACCAACACCUGCUCCGCUGCCGCCUCCUCUCAGACAGAGACCGCAGCCACUAGUUGAUCCCAUUCCAGGAUGUUUCUGAAUUUCCGCCGUGUUCGAAAAUGCCAGUUGGUGCAGGUGAUGACCACCUGCCUUGUGCUCUCUGUGGUGAUGGUCUGCUGGCAGCAGCUGGACAACAGCGUCGUCAGCCACGUCAAAUCCUAUUCCUAUCGCUACCUGGUCAACCGGUUCACCUACAUCAACAAGAGCCUCACCAUCCCCCGAAAGCAAGCCAGAAUGUUCAGCAACUUCCAGUACCUUAUGGACCACCCCAAUAAAUGCGUCGGGAAAGAUGUUCUCCUCCUCCUCUUUGUCAAAACGUCGCCAGAGAACAUUGAAAGGCGAACGGCCAUCAGGUCCACCUGGGGGAACGAGACCUACAUCCAAAAUACCCUGGGGGUGACGGUCAAGGUGGUGUUCGUUCUGGGAGCAGUUCAGACCAAGGAGACGGAGCCUCUGUGGAGCAAGAGGAGUGGCGUUGGUUUUCAGGAUCAGCUCAUCCAGGAGAAUCGUCUCCACGGCGACUUGAUCCAGCAAGACUUUUUAGACUCCUUCCACAACCUGACCCUGAAGCUGAUCAUGCAGUUCCACUGGAUGCACAGCCGCUGCCCACACGCCCGCUUCCUCAUGACCGCUGACGAUGACAUCUUCGUCCACAUGCCCAACCUGGUGAGCUACCUGCAGGACGUGAGUAGCAGAGGUGUUAAAGACUUCUGGAUCGGUCGAGUGCAUAGAGGCGCGCCGCCCAUCCGCGACAAGGAGAGCAAAUACUACGUUUCCUAUGAGAUGUACCCCUGGGUGACCUACCCAGACUACACAGCUGGGGCUGCGUAUGUUGUCUCCAGUGAUGUCGCGGAGAAAAUCUACCACGCCACGCUGACGCUGAACGCAUCCAUUUACAUAGACGAUGUGUUCAUGGGCAUCUGCGCCAACACCGUGGGUGUGUCACCACAGGAGCACACUUAUUUCUCAGGAGAGGGCAAGGCGCCGUAUCACCCAUGUAUCUACGCAAAGAUGAUGACAUCACAUGGACACAUAGAAGACAUUCACGCCGUUUGGAAGGCAGCAACGCACCCUAAGGUGAAGCAGCAGGUCUCCGGAUUCUUAGGGGAUCUGUACUGCACCGCUGUGAAAAUGGCUCUGCUUUGUAAACCCUACUAUUUCAACACCUACCCCUGCAAAGCAGCCUUUUCCUAGUAUUACUCAACACUUUGUGCGUAUCAUCAGACUGUGAGUGCGAAUGUGUCACACUGUAGAUCAUGAGCACAUGCUGAGAAUAUUACCUCGGUCCUUUCAGUCGGACAGUCACGUUGAAGUGUUGUGUUCGAGACCCGGCGAUUUGUGUCACUGUGGGUGUGAGAUCAGUGUGUUUAGAGUUCAAACAAUAGAUUCUCAUUCACAGCACAGUGUUUCAAAAGUCCUUCAAUGUUCACACAUCGCCACAAUUAAAACUCAGUAGUGGUGCAAAUGACAAGACAACAUCCUCAUUGUCCUACUGUGAAAUGUGAGGCUUAAAUAAACGAGCCAUGGUUAUUAAAA